AUGUUUCCUCAAUAUAGCAUUAUUGUCCACUUGGUGGAAGUAUUUUUUGAGACGGUACAGCCCCAGUUCCACCUGCUCCAUCGUCCAUGUUUCCUCGAGCGGCUCCACAGCGGCUCUUUAAUUGCACAAGAGCAUUCGUCGCUUCUCUUAAAUGCGAUGUUUGCCCUUGCGUCGAGAUAUACGGAUGACCCCCAAGUGCAUGCCUUUGACCUCUUCUUGCUUGAAGAUGCAAAUCAGCCGGGUGCUUCGUCUAGACCCCCAUUUGGAAAGUUAGAGCGUUGGGAGCACGGCAAAGGAUUCAUAAGACGUGCAAGCAAAAUCUUCUACGAUGAGGUCAUGGAAUUUGAGAGACUCGAGCUUGAGCAUGGUAUAGUCGAAAGGCCAUCCUUGCUGCUGAUUCAAGGAGCUACUUUGUUGAGUUAUGCCAAGGUAACAAUGGGGGCACUGUCCCAGGCUCACUCUCUGGUAUCAACAUGUGUUCGGAUGGCAUAUGACGCUGGACUGGACCGGAUUGAUAGCGCAGAGCAUCAACAACUCAUACUCGGCUCUUCCUGCAAACACGAGGAAACUGAAUGGGUCAAGAAAGAGGGACUACGUCAUGUCUGGUGGUGUAUAUGGGAGCUGGAUAGCUUUCUGGGCAGCGUCAAAUGCGUACCGUGGAUGAUCGACGUUGCCAAGUGUCGGACGAAGCUCCCAGCUGAUGAUGAUGAUUGGUUCAAAGGAAACGAAGUUGCUUCUCCUCUUCUACCGAGCAGGACUGAUCAGUGGCGCAAAUUGGAGGACUCGUGGCAUUGCACUUCAUUCCUUGGCAACCGAAUUGUUUCCCUCUAUUUCUUGAUGACUCUCAUCGACGUAGUGAGUGGCGAGAAUCCAGGCCGCUCCUGCCCCUACCUGGAAGUUGAACAAUGCGUCGCAAUCUGGAGGGAAAGAUUGCCUGAAAAGCUAAAGUUCGAGUCACGCCCCAAGCGUGUUCACCAGAGUCCCGGCCAGCUCGCCGAAAUAUUUUCGACAUAUAUAACCAACCAGCAGAUCAGUAUUUUGAUCGCGAGAGCCCAGAUGUUCACAGGAGUCGACGCGGUAUCUAUAUCAGACCAGUGUCGAAACUAUCGAACAAGGCUGUUGAAUCCUGGCGACGACUCGACAGUGCUUCCCGCAACACAAAAGUUCUUUGAAGCUUUCCUUGCGUCGGACAUCAUAUGCGAGAUUGUGAGAGACUGGCCUAGGCAUUCGAUUGGCCGCUGUUGUCCCUUUAUCAUCUUGGGAUUCUGGACUCCUGCCUGCCUUCAGCUCCUAGUCAAGGCAUUUGCUACUUCAACCUGGGACCUGCGUGAAAAAGCCCUGCUAUCUUUUCAAACUUUCAUGUUUGUUAUGGAACAGAUUGCGGAAUAUUGGGGCCUUGGACAGGUGAUCCUUUCGUCGUUUCGCAUGUAUGAACAGAGGCUGAAUCGCACAACAUCUGGCAGUGAGUUUCCAGAUGUUGGCAAAGACGUCACCCUCACAAAACGAUUGCUUUCACUGCCAAGCUACAUUGAUGAUGCAAUUUCCGAUAUUAUCGAUGAAUCGGAUCACGUCGACUACAUGCAACAUAUUGGUCGCACUAACCAGCACCAAGUGGUAAAUGUACUCCCCACAGACCUUUGGGAUGUUGAACGUACCAUUCUCAUGGAUGAUCCCGGUUCGGGUCCGUUCUUAUGUUCCACGCCGCAGGCUGAUGACUGGAUAAACUCUGCCCUUAGAGAUGCCUCGGAAGCAUAUCGUGACCAAUUCCCGGCCCCAUAA